GCAGGCGCAAUCGACCUACGCCACUCCCGUUUCCCUUCCGGCGUGUCCUCUAUGGUCGGAAUAGACUAUCCUCAGACCGCGUGAGCAGUGCAGGAAUAAUGGGUGGCGGGUCGCAUUCCUCUGUGAGGGUUGAAUGGAUUGUAGCAGUCUCAUUUGCUGCUGGAGCAGCCGCCGUUGGGUAUCUCGCUUACAAAAAAUUUUUCCACCAGGACCGCUGCCGUAGUUCGAUGGUCAACCCACAUAUCCAGAAAGAUAAUCCCAAGGUAGUUCAUGCAUUUGAUAUGGAAGACCUGGGGGAUAAAGCUGUGUACUGCCGCUGCUGGAGGUCUAAGAAGUUCCCAUUGUGUGACGGGUCUCACACAAAGCACAAUGAUGAAACAGGAGACAAUGUGGGGCCUCUCAUCAUCAAGAGAAAAGAUGCAUAAACACCCAGUGGUUUGGACAACAUGACUUUGCUGCAGCGCUUUAUUCUCACUUAUGAUUGAAGUUAAUGGAGAUCUUAAGUCAUUUCACUGAAGAUUUUUUUUAGAUGUGAUACACAGCAAGUUCCAGCAUACAUCAUGCCAUGGUGUUUGCCUUGCUUAAACACUACAGAAUGUUGGGGAUGAAUACCUGUGAUUUCCAAAUUUUAUUUGUUUUGUAAAGUGUUCAUUCUCAUAAGGUGUAAAAAACCUCUUAGAAUGUACUCUGAAUUGUGUAUUGAUGCAUUAAAUUAUUUUCAAAUA